GAAUUAAUGCUUUUAUGUGUUGCUGUAAUAUCUGCUCUGGUAAAGAAAAAAAUAAAUUCAGUUAAGUUACCUGCUAAUUUUAGCAUGUCAUCGGUGCUUCCUACUGUAUUUUUUGUACUUGGGGGACCAGGCGCUGGUAAAGGAACACAGUGUUUGAAUUUAGUUAAGGAAUAUAAGUUCGUUCAUUUAUCAGCUGGCGAUUUACUGAGGGCUGAAAGAGCAAGUGGAUCAAAUGACGGCAAUCUAAUUGAAACCUAUAUAAGAGAAGGUCAAAUUGUACCUGUGGAAAUUACAAUUCGUUUGCUUGAAAAGGCAAUGACCGAUAGCCCUACUAAACUUUUUCUUAUUGACGGCUUUCCUCGAAAUGAAGAUAAUUUGAUUGGUUGGACUAAUCGUAUGCAAGACAGAUGUAUUUUGAAAGGCGUUCUUUAUUUUGACUGUCCUGAAGAGGUUUGUGUCCAGAGAAUAAUGGAACGAGGCAAAACAAGUGGCAGAACUGAUGAUAAUGAAGAAAGUCUCAGGAAAAGAUUUCGAACAUUUUAUAAUGAAACAUUACCAAUAAUUCACUAUUAUGAAAACAAAGGUUUAGUUAUGAACUUUAAAGCUGAUUCAUCACCAGAUAUAGUAUUUGAAGAUGUUAAGUGUUGCAUGAACAAGCUGUUGUGAAAUUUUUGGUUUGUUUAGUAGUUCGAGUUUUUAAAUAUUUUUUAACAUUUAAUUUUAAAGUUAAAAUUGUAAACUUUUUAUAUUUAUGUAUUUGCUCUAAAAACCAGACUCGACUAAAACGAGAUUAGUACUUUUAGAUGCAAUAGAUUUAACUCAUUAUUUUUAAA